GUCUCGAUUUCUUGACGAACAGGACCGAUUCUUUGUCAAGUUUUGUCGGAUUCUCGUUGUUUUAACCAUAUUACUAUUAUUUACUAUAAUAUAGUUAAUACAAACAGACUCAUGUGGCCUUCGUUAGCACCCAGAUAGUGUUGUUGUGAAGGAUAUCGUGUGUGAAAUAGUGAAAAUUAAUGUUAUAACUCAAGAUGUCUCCUAAUAGGUCUGAUGGAUUAUUAGCUAAAGUUGAUUUUCCACUUUACACGCUCCAAACCUUAACAAAUCGACAUGUCAUUGUUGCUGGAGGAGGAGGAGCAUCGAACACAGGUGUCGCAAAUGGAUUUGAAAUAUUUGAACUGUCACAUAAUGGGAAGAGGUUUGUCGCUGAAGAGGUGAUGCGCCAUGAGACUGGUCCUAAUGUCGUGAUGACGUGUUCCGUAAGGAGCAUCCAGAACCGGACGUACCUCACAGCGGGACAAGAGAGCCACUGUCAGCUGUACAAGGUGAACAUCCGCAUGGUGGAUGCUGCUGAAAUGAGACGAGGAAGUUUCCGGGCUGAGAAUGGGCUUGUGAGGCGGAGGAGACGGACAGUCUCUGAAAAUGAUAAUAUAUCAAAGAAAAACAAUGUUAGUAACACAGAGAAAAGAAUGUCAUUUGAAAUCAGGCCUUGUGAUAGUGUGCAGACUGACUUUAGUAAUGAUCCACUGCAGCGUGUUGUCAGGAUUAGUAAUAAUGGGAAGUUGAUGGCUACAGGUGGCAUCGACACCAAGGUCAGAGUUUGGACCUUUCCAAAAAUGGAACUCCUUUACGUACUGGAAAAGCAUACUAAAGAGUUGGACGAUCUAGACUUCAGUCCGUGCGAUACGACGUUAGUGAGCAUCGGGAAGGACGGCCUGGCCUGCCUGUGGUCCACCGCGGGCCUGCGCCCCCCGCUCCUCACCCUCACGUGCCAGCCCCCUAACGGGAACAAGUACCUCUUCAGACGUUGCAGGUUCGGGCCCAACGAAGACAAGGAAGACGCGCACAGAAUGUUCACGAUAGCGAACCCGCUGAGUCGCUCCGGCAAACAGAAAGGUCUGCUGCAGCUCUGGGACCCCAAGGACGGCUCGCUGCAGAAGACGGUGCUGGUGAACGAGUCUCUGUCGGCGCUGACCGUGCGGGACGACGGCCGCUUCGUGGGCGUCGGGACCAUGUUCAGUGGCUCCGUCGACAUUUACAUCGCCUUCAGUUUGCAGCGCGUGUUGCAUGUGAGGAGCGCGCACCGGAUGUUCGUGACGGGCGUGCAGUUCCUGCCGGUGCGCGGGUACGGGCCCGCCGUGGCCAGCCGCAGCGAGGCCGCGCUGCUCAGCAUCUCCGUCGACAACUGCCUCUGCGUGCACAGCCUGCCCUACCGCGGCUCCGUGCCCAUCUGGAUCGCCAUCGUUCUCAUCAUCUUCGUACUAUUCUGUACGUUCAGUCUAUGUUCAUAUUUAGGUAUUUAAUGUUUAUA